AUGACCGUUAAGGAAGACAUCCCAAUUGACGACAGUCAUCGGGCACCGCAUGACAGUUCCGAUCCACCACCGGCGUAUUCACCUCGGGCUUCGUCAAUUGCUUCCUCUGAGACCUCCUUGUGGACGGUGGAGCCGGAUUUCGCACCUGAUUUCACAAAUACUUUCCAACAAGGGAGUGAUUGCGCUACAGUUUGUGAAAAUCAGCAGUUUAUCACUGAUCCAGGAUCCGGGUCGCGUACAUCGGCAUUCAUCCAAGCAUUUCUGCGACCGAAAGCGCAACCACGGCUGAUAAAUCUGCAAUCUGAUUCACAUUCCCUGCUAGAAGAUGGUCCAUCCGACAGACAGCCACGAUCGGAGCUCAGAGGAGCACCCUUGGACAUUGUGAUAAUGGUCGUGGGAGAGAAUAUCGAGCCAUUUGUUGCAGUUGGUACUCGACUGCUUCGGGACUCACAUCGGGUUCGGAUUGCCGCGCAUGCCUCAUGUGAAACCUUGGUAAAAGACCAAGGCCUUGACUUUUUCGCUAUUAGCUACGAUAUGAUCCAUCCGCUGGCAAGUGGACCUAGUAGGAUGAACGAGGGUCCCGGUAGCAUCAAGGGUUCACUAUAUCAAAGCUAUCACAACUCGUGGAGAGCAUGCAUUGCGUCAUACAAAGGCGAACGCCGACCCUUCCUCGCGGACGCGAUUAUUGCGAAUCCACUAGCCCACGCGCAUAUACAUUGUGCUGAGCGACUUUCAAUUCCUCUGCAUAUCAUGUCGACCGUGAUUUGGAAAGGGAGUGAAGCCAUGGACCAAGGCAUGACGAAUAUUCUAUCUUAUGCACUCAUCGAGGAGACCAUCUGGAACACCAUCAUUGAGCCCAUAAACCGAUUCCGGCAACAUGUCUUAGGUCUUAACAGCAUCUCAUCAGCUACCGGUGGAAGACUCAUAAUCGACAACGAGGUUCCCCAUACCUAUUUCUGCCCUGAAGUACUUGUUUCAAGACCAAGUGAUUGGGGUAGUAUGAUUAGCUCACCACCGAUAUACUUCAUGGUGCGAGAACACACUAUGGAAACCCCUGGUAUGCUGGCACGAGCCAUACAGGAUACCGUGGUAAAGCGCGGGCUUCGUGCCAUACUGUCACAAGACUGCCGUGAUAUUUGUAGAAUUCUAAACCACAACGACGUGUUCCUGGUUGAUAAUAUCCCUCAUGCAUGGCUUAUGCCACGGGUUGCCGUCGUUGUCCACUCAGGAAGUGCUGAUCAUAGCGCACUGGCCUUACGAUAUGGAAAGCCAAGCGUGGUAAUCCCGCAUACAACAGAUCAGCUAUCAAGAGGUAUAAGCCUGUCUUGCAUUGGUGCAGCUGCUGCACCACUCACGAGCAACGUGCUUUCUUCCGACGUAUUAUACCAGGCACUAGAAUUCUGCCUUCGUGCAGAUAUUCAAGAGUCAACUCGUGUUGUUCAAAGGCAGGUACAUGAUGAAUCAGGUCUUAAGAGCGCCAUUCAAGCAUUUUAUCGUUGGUUACCACCGCAGGUCCAGAAAUGUGACAUCACGAACCAGAACCUGGCUAUGUAUCAGAUCUGGAAUAAGCCAUCGUCGAAGAUCUCUCCUGAAGCAGCCGCAGUUCUGCUGGAAGAACGGCUCAUAAAACAGACUGAUAUUGUGUUAAUUACCCGCCAGGCUUAUAAUAUCCAAUGCGAAAGCUCAAGGCCUUUUAAGGAUACUGCAAGGGAUUAUUGGAACGGGGCCACGACUGCCGCAAAGAAUAUCGCCACAGCCUCGGAUCUGGUUAGCAUGCUGCCCCGGAUGCAACGCAAGCCUAAGAGAAAGAAUCUGGCCAAGGACGUUGGUAUCGGUACGGCGAGAUUCUUUGGAAACAUUGCUCUGCUUCCCUUCACAAGCACCGCACUGGUCGUUAAUACUGUUGCAUAUGGUGUGAAGGGGGCUAAGGGAGCCAAAGCACUAGAUAGAGAGAGCACUGUACCUGAUACAGCUGCAUCGGAUGAAGAGCAUGCUGAAGCUAUCUGUCGCAGACACCUUGAUCGCGGGUUUAAGAGUCCGAUGCUCAAGAAUCCGGAUUUUCGGCGGCUGGUGAUUAAUAAAUACCAGAGUUGGGGGUCAACAUAG